UUUCCUCCAGCGACGUCGACAGCCCACCAGCAAACAAAGGUGGUGACAAAUCUGAUUCUAGGAACCCGAGUUUCUAGUGAUUUUGAAAUGAAUUGAAUAAGCUACAACUCAAGGGGCGGAAGUCCAGCAGCCGGAUUUUGACUGAAAACUAGACAUCCAUCCAGAGCGAUUUUUUUAAUUGCCUUCAACAUGGUCUGCCAAACAACCUUCGUCGAGUAGCAGAAGGAGCGAUGAGGCUGCAUCAGAAUCAAAGUGCACCUGCCACCCCAAACUCCAACGAGACAUAGCAGGUGUGGCAAAAAGCAGUUCUCUUUCCACGUAUGCGUUUAAAAAUCCUUUUCCACAAAUCGGAAGUUUAUGUAUCCGGUGAGCUUCCGUGAUUCUUUAUGCAGUUAAUCCGCGAGGAGUAACAGUUAGCGAGCUUCGACAGCGCGGAUGUCUUGAUUAGGGCAAUUUGACGGUGGAAAUGUACCAACACUCAUAGUUUAUGCCUUUCUGGGAGUAGGAGAUUCUUAUACUCUAUAUAGUAAUGUAAUGCACCGUGGCCGACAUCAGACGAGCCUCUGAUUCCUCACCGGCGUGAGCGGUGAAUUUUGAGUAAGGUGGCAUCUCUCGCCCAGAUGGCGGAUUGGCACCUGCUGGAACAGGUGUGGAGAACAGUGGGUGGGGAAACAAGACUAGCGUGAGCAAAAGGCCGGGAAGCAAGACGAGUGACAUGCUCGAAAGUGACAGAUGAUCGGUAAAGAGACUGGGGGCAGAUGAAUGAAUUACGACAGGAAAUCGAGAACUUAACACUAGCUGAAGGUGUCAGACGCUGCGACUGUCGGGACGAUCGUGCGCGUCUGAAUUUGAGACUCAUAAGGGCAGGAUCCCGUCCGAAGGCCAUUUGCUCGGCGCCGGGCAGCCUGGCCUCGGAUACGGUGGCGGACGGGUUUGAAUGAGGUCCAUGUUGCUGCUGCGAUGCGCGGCGGCGAUGGGGAGGACGCUCGGGGCGUGGAGGCUUGAAUGGAAGCUGUGACCGCGGCCUCUAAGGAUUUCUCGUUGGGCGGGUCGAGCCUCGGGCCUUGGGAUCUGCUGCUGCUUGGGGAGUCUAGGUGGAGGGAGGGAGGGAUGGCGCACGACCAGGCCAUGGACGGGUUCUCACAAGAACCUCAGCGGAGAUCGGAGAUUUACACGUACGAGGCUCCGUGGCUCAUAUACGGGAUGAACUGGAGCGUGCGGAAAGAUAAGAAAUUUCGGUUGGCCAUCGGGAGCUUCAUCGAGGACUUUCGCAACAAGGUGGAGAUUGUGCAGCUGGAUGAUGAAACGGGUGAUUUCAAGGCUGAUCCGAAACUCUCGUUCGAUCACCCGUACCCCACGACGAAGAUAAUGUUCAUCCCCGAUAAGGAGUGCCAGAAGCCGGACCUGCUGGCCACGACGGGCGAUUAUCUGCGAAUAUGGCAAAUUACCGAAGACCGCGUGGAAGCCAAGAGCCUCUUGAAUAACAACAAGAACAGCACAUUCUGCGCGCCUCUCACUUCCUUCGACUGGAAUGAGGCGGAGCCGAAGCGGCUGGGGACGUCGAGCAUCGACACGACGUGCACCAUCUGGGACAUCGAGAAGGAGGUCGUGGACACGCAGCUCAUCGCGCACGAUAAAGAAGUGUAUGACAUCGCUUGGGGAGGUCCGGGCGUAUUCGCAUCGGUUUCUGCGGAUGGAUCCGUCCGGGUGUUCGACCUACGGGACAAAGAACACUCGACGAUCAUUUAUGAGAGCCCGAUUCCCGACACGCCGCUUCUGCGCCUGGGGUGGAACAAGCAAGACCCUCGAUACAUGGCCACCAUUUUGAUGGACAGCUCCAAGGUCGUCGUUCUAGACAUCCGAUUCCCCACCCUUCCGGUUGCAGAGCUCCAGAGGCACCAGGCCUGCGUGAACGCCAUCGCAUGGGCUCCUCACAGUCCAUGUCACAUCUGCACAGCAGGGGACGAUUCCCAGGCGCUAAUUUGGGAUUUAUCCUCAAUGAGCCAGCCCGUGGAUGGAGGAUUGGACCCCAUUCUGGCGUACACUGCAGGGGCCGAGAUCAAUCAACUACAGUGGUCAUCGACGCAACCUGAUUGGGUCGCCAUUGCUUUCGGGAGCAAGCUCCAAAUUCUACGAGUGUGAUCACGCUUUCUAUCUUCACUCUACUUUCGACAUCCGCAUUUUCGGCAUUUCCGGGACCUUCAGUGGAGCCAGAGUGUGUGAAGACUUUUAUCUUCUUCUCGCCCAGAAUCAUCUGUAGAAAGCGUUGGACGAGAUAGAUAUGAGCUUGUAGCAAUAGACAGACAGACACAUGUGGUGCGAGGCCUGGAUGAUGCCCAAUGUUUGCCCAACUCGAAGCUAGCGUGUCGGUGUUCUCCAUGGCUCAGAACUCGAGAAAGGCAGGCCUCCAUCCCCGUCCAAGUUGUAAAUAAAAAUAUCUUGUUCCGCAGUUCACAUUAGUCCACCGGCUUGGCGAUGAAAACAUUCUGAAUUCCGUGCUUGUGACAUCGAGAUCUCGUUGUCUUCGUAACGCCUGCAGCUGGAAAGAGUUAAACAACAAAGACGUGAUUGAAGUGCAGCCAUGGGAAAAUAGUCCAACUGUUGUAUGCCUGAGCUACACAGUUCUAGACUAUGCAACUUUUUGUAGGACCUGGAUUCUCGGCAGGGGAGGGAAACUCCUGGCUUUGGGUCAGUCAACAUUUGGGUGGAUUUGGCCAUGGCUACCAGAACCGAGUACAGUACUGCCAUGUGGUAGUAUCACCUUGCAAAAAAUUUAGCGAGUUUCAGGGUCCUUUAAAUUUUGGAGAACUCUCCACCCUGCUACUUCAAUUGAACCAAUAAACGUGUUACGCGAAAGAUCCUAAAGUUUA